UAUUUAUGUUAAAAAUAAAACAUAUUAAAAAUUUUAUUAUUUUAUUUUGUUUUAUAUACCUGUAUAAUAUAAGUGACUCAUUAAAAAAAAAGUGUUAAACAACAAUGAAAUGCUUAAUAUUGAUAUUACUAUCGGUUUCCUAUCUCUGGUGUCACAGUAGUUGUGCGGACAAAAUCUUUGACAAACACUUGUCUUUUCCGGACAUCAAUGGACUUAUUGCCGCAUUUGGCGACUUUGACUUUGACCGCAUUACGGAUAUCUUUUUAAUUACAGAUAAAGGAUUAUCAUUAGAGUUGGCUAAAGGAAACAUUGACGAUGAAGAAUAUCUGAAGAAGUGGCCAAAAAUUAAAUGUUCAUUUGAUCCCAAAUUUGGCGAACAAAUAGUAGGUGUCAUACCAUCGGACUUCACUGGAAACUCUUAUAUGGAUGUCUUGAUUGUUACCCAAAAUAUUCAUUCAUCACAAGUAUUAGCUGAUAGUAAUGACAAGAUUUUCAAUAUAUGGCUAUUUAUAAGUAAUCAAACAUAUCUUCAAUGCAAUACUUUGCAGCCAAUUGUUAAAGAUGUCAAAAGUUUUCCCACAGUUUUAGACUUUGAUGGAGAUAUGAUAACAGAUUUUAUUGUUGAGACAAAGGAUUGUCAGAAAAUGAUAGUUUUCGGAAAAACACUGAAAUCCGAGUGUUUUGAGUACUUGAAGACAUCACAACACAUGCAAUAUCCAGACAGCAAUGCAUUCAUCGACUUAAGCAAACCAAAUGACUUUGCGGCCGAUAUAUUGAUUAGAGGUGUAAAUCAAUUGGAGUAUUGGUUUAGUAAUCAGGGAUAUGACUCAAAAAAUGUUAAUAAUAUAAGUUAUCCAAAUCGUAAUAUUUAUAAAUUUAUUGGUCAAUCAACGUUUGCAGACAUCAACUUUGAUGGUGUUAUUGAUCACUUAAUACCUGUUUGUAAAAGUGAUAUCAAGACCUGUACUGAUCCACAGAUAUUAGUGUUAAAUUUGGGUGAAUCUGGAUAUGAAUGGAUAGAAAUUUUACACACAAAACAAGAUAUUAACCUAACUUUUACUCUCAUAAAAUUGUUUGACUAUUUAGACCUAAAUGUUAUGUUACGAGUCGGUGAUAUCGAUUUAGAUGGCUAUCCGGAUGCCGUUACCGUUAUGCGGGAAAUUGGGUCAGAAACUACUCGAGCCGUUUGGCUGGAGAACUGUCGAACUGAUGACAACAAAUUUGGUCGAGAAUUCAGAUUCAGAUGGAUCAGUGACGACAGCUUAUCUAACGGUGUGAUCGGUAAACAUAAUGUAGAUUUAGUGUCACUCUUUGACUUCAACGAAGACGGAGAACUCGAAAUCAUUAUCAAUAGUCACAUAUCGGAUGAAAUGACAUUCAUUUUGGAUGCCUAUAAAAAUAGCGAAAAAUUAUCGUCAAAUUUUAUCAAAGUCUUAGUCACAACUGGUGUUAGCAAUGAUGACUCUCCACAAAUGCAUAUAAGGACACCACUAAUCGGUCCCUUUCUGUGCUACACUCCAGCUGAAGGAGAUAGUGUCAGUUGUGGGGGACAGUUGUCUCAGAGCUCACAUUUCAGUCUUCAAUUGCCAUUUGUAUUGUUUGGUUUGGGCGAUACCCCCAACUUUGUCCAAAGCCUAACGGUUUCGAUACCGAGUGGUUCACAAACAGUUCGUAAGAGGACUUGGGAAGAGUUAAUACCCGACUCCAGUAUUAUUAUUAUAGCGGCCGAUAAUCCUGACAAUUGGAUACAAAAACUAUAUUUAGAUCCCAAAUACUAUGCAUUUCAAACAUUGAUAACUUUAACAUCAAUUUGUUGUCUUUUAGUAUUAAUUAUAGCUGUUUUACACCGAAGAGAUCUCAGAAGAGAUAUUCUCGAACACAAAGAGUAUAGAAAACAUUGGCUGAAAGCCUGAAAUUGAUUUCAAAUUCAAUUUUGUUAUAUAUUAAGACAAAUAUCUCUUUUUAAAAACUCCA